AUGAAAUCCAACGAGCUUCCUGGGUUCGAUGAACAUCCAGAGCCCAUCUACGAGCUGAUAGAAUCUAUGGGGACUUCCAAUGCGAUGCCAAGAAAAGAACUGAUAGAAGCAAUAUUGGGCUCAAAAGAGUUCAAGGACUAUGGCUCCCUUACAAACCAAAAAGACGACGAGCUACACAGUAGUAAAAUGGCGCCUACGCCAGGGGACAGGAAUGUAUAA